AUGCUCGGACACAAGACAGACACCGUGCUAAACAUCCAGGCCACGGCAGACAACCAUGCUGGCCAUGACUCGACUCAAGCCGAACGAACAGAAGUAAAUCACACUAAUGUCGUUUCCAACGUCGUCUCCAUCGUCAAGCUCAAUCACGACUUAAACCCUCAGAGUAAACCAAAAGAGUCUCGAUUGUCACCCGUUGCCAAGAUCCUCUUCCUCGAUGGAGUGCGCGGAACUGCAGUCAUCUUUGUCGUCACACAGCACACCGGUUACAUGCACGAUAUCUUCAUGGGUGCAGUCGGAGUCGACGCCUUCUUCGUGCUCUCUUCGUUUCUACUGACCAUGAUCUUCAUGAAGAAAAGUAUCAAGCUCUUCGCCGAGAACGCGUCCUAUCGCAAGUGGGGGUACACGCUGGCCGACUACUUCUCCAAACGAUUCUUCCGCGUGUACCCGUUGUUUGCUCUGCUGUCUAUAGCGCUGUGGCUUAUGCCGUUCGAGUACAAGCAACGCUACUACUUGGUCAAACAGCCCGAGGAUUUCAACCUGUUCCAGACACUCACUUUUCAUCCGGAACACCGACACUACCUCAUGUGGACGCUACCGUUGGAAAUCUCGUACUACUUCAUCCUGCCUGCUUUUGUGCUGGCUGUUCUGAAAUUGGGUCGCUUCUGGUGGAUGUCGUUCGUGCCGUUGUACGUCUGGGUGAUCCACGAGGGCCUGUACACAACUCGAGACAACUUCUAUCGUCAGCCACUGAGCAAACACCUGCCGACGUUUGUGGCGGGAUCCAUGGCGGCGGUUAUUCUCUUGAAGCUGGAAGCGUGGAUCAAAGCGACGGGUUUCAAGUUCCGACCACUGCACAUCGUCGCUCUUCGGAUCGUCGAGGCCGUUUUGAUUGCGGCGUACCUCAGUGUGGUCUUUCGUGGACUGUUCUUCAAUUGGUUGGGUAUGCCACUACCGCCUGCCACCAAGUACUUCAUGCCGUUCACGAGUGUCAAGUUGUCGCUACUGAUCGUCAUCGAGAUGAUCCAGCCGUCCACAGUAUCCCAGAUCUUCGAGUGGGUGGUGCUGCGAUACAUGGGCAAGAUCAGCUUUUCCGUAUACUUGCUGCACGUGUUCGUGAUCUUCACGCCUCCGAUCAAGCAGAUGACGAACUACUACGACAAGACGUUUGCCGUGUUCGGUCUGGUGAUUUUAUUGGCAACGACGUCGUACUACCUAGUGGAAUAUCCGUCGCAACUGUUGGCACAGAGACUCUCUCGAGUGUUCAAUCGACUCGCGUCAUACGAACACGAGAAACUUGUGGGACAAAACGAUACAGACUCGGACGCGUCGGAAUCAGGGACGACAACGUUGACCCCAUUGCAGAAGGAGAAACUGUCAUCCGCGAACUGAAGCGGUACAGAUAUCUGGAUGUAGAAGUUCUAUAAGUGUGUUGAAGUGUUUCAAAUGGAGUAAUGCGUGUAGCAUAUAGUUCU